AAGGUUAAAGCUAUCUACAUAUAUAUUUAAGUAUAUAGUAUGUCAAAAGUAUAGCGAUUAUUCUACAAUGGUACUGAUUUAAAAUAACUUAGAAACUAGGUAUAGGUUAAAGCUAUCUACAAUUAUAUUCAAUAUGAAUAUGGGUCAUAUCUAUGUAUCAUAUCAUUCUAAUUGUACAAGGCUACAGUUUAUGGAACUUUAUAAAUAUAUUGAAGAGCUAAAAAAAUGAUGAUUUUAAAAAUCCCAUCUAAAGCUUGCUGUUUAAUUGAAUCCCUAUGCCUUUUUUAUUUAAAAAAAAAACAAAUGUCACAUAUUGUCUAAAAUUGGAUUCGGAAAUGGUGGUGCCGUUGAUAAACAUUAUUUGUUUUUAGUUUUUUUACUGAAAAUAUCAAAAUUGUUUUGUGAAGAUGACAGAAAAAGAAAUAACGCUGGAAGACCUCGAGGAAACUGUGAAACAAACAGAUGAGCAACUGAACCUCAUGGAAUGGAAGAUGGAGAAUGUAGAAAAAGAACUGGUAGUUCCUGUUGACGCUCAAGAUAUGUGUGUUAUGAAUCUACUCAAAUCUGUAUCUGAGGUGCGGUCUGACUACAAUCAGCUGCGGCGGGAGCUGGUGGAGGUGCAGGCGUUGCAGCGGGAGCUGUCGUCGCGGCUGCGCGCUCAGCUGCGGCUAGUUCACGGCAAAUUCGCCCGCUUGCGGCAACGGCUCGCGUCUGCCGCCCCUGACGCGCCGCAACCGCGCUGAACCACUCGCCGCAACUACACGUCUGAACCGACCUUACAUGUAGGGUUAGUGGUACAUCGAAAGACUAAGGUUACUCUUAUAUCUUCAGCGCAC